AAAUUAAAAUCUUCUUUACCAAAAUAAGACCGAGGUUUGCUCCCACCCAUGAUCUCUCCAAAAGCAGAUUCAUUUGUAGCACGUUCUUUCCUCAAUUUCUGAAUUUUUGAUUUACAACCAAAUUAGACCUUUAAAGUUUUCUUUUGUGGGUCUAUCUAAAUUUUUUCUCUUUCUUUCUCGGGAAAUUUUCCUUUUUUCACAUAUUAAGAUCUAGAGAGAGAGAGAGAGAGGGAGAGAGAUAAAAAAGGGUUCACACACACACACACAAAAAAAAGUUACAAGCUUUUCUGGGAAUUUGAAUGAAUAGGAUCAGAAGAAGAAAAGAGUUGAAAAAAGAUUAAAACUUUUGCGACGAUGCUGCAGAGAGCUGCGAGUAAUGCGUAUUCAUGGUGGUGGGCGAGUCAUAUCCGUACCAAACAAUCUAAAUGGCUCGAACAAAACCUUCAAGAUAUUGAGGAGAAGGUGCAAUACGUGUUGAAGCUAUUACAAGAAGAUGGCGAUUCGUUUGCGAAGCGUGCGGAGAUGUAUUACAAGAAGAGAUGUUAAGGAUUUGAAGACCGCUGUUAAAGUGGCUACCAAGAAGCUUCAGCCUAGGAAGUCUAUGAAGUAUACUGGUGGUUCUACCAAUGUGGUUGUUAAGAGCUCGGGUUUGAGCAAGCCUGAGGCUAUGGGGGAGAUUGAUAAGUUGCAGAAAGAGAUUUUGUCCUUGCAGACGGAGAAGGAGUUUGUCAAGAGCUCUUACGAGAUUGGUUUGUCUAAGUAUUGGGAGUUUGAAAAAGGUAUUAAGGAGAAGCAAGAGAGGAUCUGUGGUUUGCAGGAUGAGUUUGGUGAGAGUGUUGCUAUUGAAGACGAUGAAGCUCGGAAACUGAUGACCGAGACUGCGAUUAAGUCAUGUCAGGAGAAGCUAGUGGAGUUGCAGGUGAAGCAAGAGAGGUCUUAUGAAGAAGCUAGAGAGGAGCAUGUCAAGAUUAAGGAGUCUAAAGAGAAGCUAAGAUCUAUGGCAAGCCAGUUUCUAGGUGACGAGAGUGCCUUCGCGAAAGACGACGGUGAUGAGGUUAGAAGAACAGAAGAGUUGGAGCAUGAGAUCAAAGAGAUGUCUAGGAAGAAGAAAGAGUUGGAAUCUGUAAAAGAGAAGAUUAGAGAACAUUUUGAGUCUGGUGUGAAUUCCUCGGACAACGCGACAGAGAUGGCUGAGAAAGUCGAUGAGCUCGUGAACAAAGUGAUUACCUUGGAGAGUGCGGUUUCCUCGCAAACUGCUUUGAUACAGAGAUUAAGAAACGAGACCAACGGUCUCCAGACGCAAAUCAGUACUCUUGAAACCGACAAAGCGUUGUUAGCAGACGACAAGAGUGAUCUGAGGAACAAGCUCAAGGAAAUGGAGGAGAAACUCAAGGCAUUGCAGGAUUUGGACAGAAAUGUUUUGGACAAGAGUAGCAAUCUGCAGACAUCUUUUGAUGAAGCUUGUCAUAAUCUCGAUAACCUCUCUGGUGGGAAGCUGCACGAUGUGAAGCCAGAGAGCGAGUCUGAUAACCUGACCAUGAAUAUAGAACAGGAUAAAGACUUGGAAGCUGAGGAGAGGAAAUGUGAUGUUAGUGAAGAGAGAGAAGAGAAGAAAGGAACAUCCGAGAAGAGUGUAAAAUUUGAACAGACCCGCGAUGCGACAAUAGAAGCAGAAGAUGCAAUCAUUGCAGAAGCUGUUUUGGAAUCUACUGAAAAAGUAGAUUCCGAUUUUGAGAAGCAAGCUGCAUCUGACAAGACAGAUUCUGUUGUUGAUAAUGUUUUGGAGAAACAAGAUGCAUCUGAUAAGACAGAGUCUGUUCCGGAUAAUGUUCUCGAGAAGCAGACAUCUUCUAAAGAAGAGGAUCAAAAGGAGCAAGAUGAACCAGAUUGGAAAGAGAUGUUCAUGAAGGGAAUGGAAAAUAGGGAAAAGCAUUUGCUGACAGAGUACACAACUAUUCUCAGGAACUACAAGGACAUGAAGAAAACUUUGGAUGACACGAAAACAAAGAUGAAGACAGAGAACGCAACAAAAGAUGAUGAGAUCAAGCUACUACGAGAGAAAAUGAGCCUCCUGCAGAAGGGUCUUGGAGACAGUAACGACUUGUUGGAAAACCAGAUGUCAAACGACGACUAUUCCAUAGGGUUCAUGGCUACAGAAAACGAGAACAUGUCUCUGGUUGAGGAACAGUUCAGGUUGAAUAUUGAUGAGCUUCUUGAAGAGAAUUUGGAUUUCUGGUUACGGUUCAGCACAGCAUUUGGACAGAUACAAAGCUACGACACUUCAAUCGAAGAUCUACAAGCCGAGAUAUCAAAGCUGGAGCAAAGAAAAAAGCAAGAUGGAAGCAGCACAGCGAAAUAUGCACUGAGAUCAGAUGUUCGACCACUUUAUGUACACUUGAGGGAAAUAAACACAGACCUGGGACUCUGGCUGGAGAAAGGUGCAUCCUUGAAAGAGGAACUGAAAUCUAGAUUCGAGUCCUUGUGCAAUAUACAGGAUGAGAUAACAAAAGCCUUGAAAUCAAGUGCUGAAGACGAUGAUUUCAGAUUCACGAGCUAUCAAGCUGCUAAGUUUCAAGGUGAGGUGUUGAACAUGAAGCAGGAAAACAACAAAGUGGCAGACGAGUUACAGGCCGGGUUAGAUCACAUCACCAUGCUUCAAUUCGAGGUUGACAAGACUCUAGGAAAGCUGAGCGAGGAGUUUGCUCUAACAGGUUCAAAGAAAUCUGAUCUUGAUCUCCAGCAUUCGGAUAGUCGCUCAAGAGUGCCCUUAAGGUCAUUCAUCUUUGGCUCCAAACAGAAGAGAGCAAAGCCAUCCAUAUUCUCCUGCAUGCAUCCCUCACUAUAUAGAAAGAUGAAGACUUCUACAUAGGUAACAUCUACAUACUACAUGCCAUCCAGAGAUUUUAAUUGAUUCAUAUACUGUAAUUUAUCAGAUUCAUGGAGGAUUUGAUUCAUUUUGUGUCC